AUGAACGAAGAUGGAGUAUCACUCGCUGCACUCUAUCAUUUGAACAGAGAAAGGUUCUUCAUGGAGAGUUGGUACCAAUUGAAAGAUGCAGUUCUUGAAGGAGGUAUUCCAUUCAACAAGGCAUUUGGUAUGGAUGCUUUCGAGUACCAGGGGCCCGAUCCGAGAUUCAACAAAGUGUUCAACAAUGGAAUGUCGAAGCACACUACCAUUGUCAUGAACAAGAUUCUAGAGACAUACAAAAGCUUUAAGGGAUUGUAUUCUUUGGUAAUGUUGGUGGUGGAAUUGGAGUCACUCUCCGUCUGA